CUCUCAAAGAGCCUCGCGACCGGGAAGGACACGCCAUCCCCGCGCAUUUAUCGGUCUGUACGCUUGCAGAUACAUAGGAAUUAACUUUUUUUUGCUCGCGAACGGGGACGUAGCGGCGGUCGGGAGAUGGUUUUGCAGCGUCUGCCCAGCUAGCGACGAGCGUUUGUUCUUUCAUAACAUCAGCAAGCUGCAGUCACUGUAUACUGAACUGACUUCUGACAACAAUAAACACACACACAUCACAAAGACACGGGUACUCGAGUUGAAUAUGGACUACGAAAGACCCAACGUAGAGACCAUCAAGUGUGUUGUUGUUGGAGACAAUGCCGUGGGGAAGACUCGCCUUAUUUGUGCCCGGGCUUGCAACACUACCCUGACCCAGUACCAGCUGUUGGCCACCCAUGUACCCACCGUCUGGGCCAUCGACCAGUACAGAGUCUGUCAAGAGGUCUUAGAGCGUUCCAGAGACGUCGUGGAUGACGUAAGCGUAUCCCUCCGGCUAUGGGACACCUUUGGAGACCAUCACAAAGACAGACGCUUCGCCUACGGGAGGUCUGACGUCGUGGUUCUCUGCUUUUCCAUCGCCAACCCCAACUCCCUACACCAUGUUAAAACCAUGUGGUACCUCGAGAUCAAGCACUUCUGUCCUCGCACACCUGUCAUCUUGGUCGGUUGCCAGCUGGACUUGCGCUACGCUGACCUGGAGGCAGUCAAUCGAGCUAGGCGACCAUUAUCAAGGCCCAUUAAACCUGGAGAUAUUUUGCCUCCAGAGAGUGGAAGGGAGGUCGCCAAAGAGCUCGGCAUACCAUACUACGAGACAAGCGUUUUCGAUCAGUUUGGCAUUAAGGAUAUCUUUGAUAAUGCCAUCCGAGCAGCCCUCAUUUCCAGACGCCACCUACAAUUCUGGAAGUCCCACCUGAGGAAGGUCCAAAAGCCGCUGUUGCAGGCACCAUUUUUACCACCCAAAGCCCCUCCACCACUUAUUAAGAUCCCUGAAUGCCCAGCCAAAAACCGGGAUGGCCCGAAGCAGCUUCUUGAGAGCCCCCUGUGUGCUGAUGUUAUGUUCAUCAUUCAGGAACACAUCCACUUGUUUGCCCACAGGAUCUACCUGUCUACCUCAUCCUCCAAAUUCUUCGACCUCUUUCAGAUGGACUUCUCAGAUGAGUCCCAGUGCUUAGUGGUAACUGAGCGUCAUGGUCGGGAUCAGCUAAUGCGCACGCUAAGCCUGGACACAGAAGAGGACGUCACAGUCCUCCCCAAUCUUUCUCCUUGCUCGCUCAGGGCAUCCAAGAGUGACGGAACCCUGAAGAUGAUGACGUUCAGUGGGAUGCACCGGCGCACAAAGCUGUCCCUGGCCUCUUGGAGCAAGGCCUUCCACAGCAUCCACAAAGAGAGUGUAAUCAAUCUGGUCACAGGUGCACCAGCUCUUAUGACUGUCGUCAAGAUGGAUCAUUCCAUCCACCAUGGACCAUUCAGCGCUGUCCUACGCUUCCUCUACACUGGUGAGCUGGAUGAGAAGGAGAAGGACCUGAUGAAGAUCGCCCAGAUCGCAGAGAUCCUAGAAGUGUUUGAUCUUAGGAUGAUGGUGGAGAACAUCAUGAACAAUGAGGGCUUCAUGAAUCAAGAGAUCACAAAAGCGUUCCAUGUGAGAAAGGCCAACCGAAUCAAAGAGUGUCUCGCCAAGAAUAACUUCACAGAUGUGGUGUUCAGGUUAGAUGAUGGCACCAUUAACGCCCACAAACCACUGCUAAUCUCUAGCUGUGACUGGAUGGCUGCCUUAUUUGGGGGCUCUUUCAUGGAGAGUGCAAAUGACGAGGUCUCAUUCCCCAACACCAGCAGGGUAUGCAUGCAGGCAGUGCUGGAGUAUCUCUACACCAAUCAGCUGUCGCCCAUGGCAGACCUGGACCCAAUGGAGCUAAUCGCCCUGGCCAACAGACUGUGCCUUCCACGGCUCAUCGCCCUGACAGAGCAAUACGCUGUGAGCGAGUUAGUAAAAGCAUCUAAAGAUGGACAAGACAUCGAUGGAGAGGUACUCACCUAUCUAGAGCUUGCUCAGUUCCAUAAUGCUAAUCAACUCGCUGCCUGGUGUUUACACCACAUCUGCACCCAUUACAACAGGAUAUGUGCCAAUUACCGUAAAGAGAUCAAGUCCAAAUCAGCAGAAAACCAGGAAUAUUUCGAGAAGCACCGCUGGCCUCCGGUCUGGUAUCUGAAAGAGGAAGAUCACUAUCAGCGGGUGAAGAAGGAGAGAGAGAAGGAGGAUGUGGUGCUGAAUAAACAUCACUCUCGGUGGCGCUGGUGUAUCUGGAGCACGUCCCCCGCCGUUGCUUGAGCCCGUACCCUCUUCUUUUAUUCUUAAAGCUCUUAUUUUUCCUUUUUUUUCCUAUUUUGCUAAGAUGAAACAGGCCCCUCCGAAUGAGCAUUCUGUUUGAAGCACAAUGUCCAAUCAAUGCUGGCCAUCGAAUCCACGGAGGUGACGUGGGCCUGAUAUUUGUGAUAUUUGUUUUAACAAUCGAGCUGCUGUGUCGGACUUGGUCGUGAUCUGACUGUGUUAGAAGUGUAAGAAUCUUAAAACACCACGAGGAUUAGGGAGUGUAUUUUCCCUCCCCCGUCUUUCCUUUUUCACUUAGGUGCUAUAUACUGUAUAUUCGCAUUGACGCGUUUUAAUCUGUUCUGUGAAAUCGUCUAAGCGGAGAAAGCUCACCGUGCCGCUAAUUCUGAGCACGUGCUUCAUUCGCAUCGUACCAUUCUGCAUCCGGGCAAGUUUCGGGGAACGCUAUACGCCCGUUUAUUGGACAACUAAGAGCACUUGUGGUCUGGGCUCGCUGUUGAUUGUGAUAUUAUGGACGUUUAUGGAGUUUUUUUUUUUUUUUUUGCGUGAACUUCAGGGACGGGAACGCAGCAGGCGGGUCGUUCUUAUUAUGCAGUACGUCUGAACUUUCUUAAAAACGCAUGAUUGCAUUUUUGUAAAAGGAUAUGAAAUAUGUUCUGUACGAAUUCCUAACGUUCCUAACUUCGCGAUUUACGCAACGUCAAAAAAUCAGGAAAUAGGUUACGGGACGAUACGGACGUUUUCAACGGAGUUUUGAAAAAUGCAUAUUUCAAAGCUUCACGUUCGCUCACAGUAUUUGUUUUUCUUUGGUUUUGCAUGGAAACAUGAAAUAUUGCAAUAGAUUCGCGCUCCCCUUCGCAUUUGUUUGCUAAAAUCCCGAAACGAAUUCCAACAUAGACCGAAAAACUUUAAUACUUGUAUUUUUUCAUUUUAAAAUUCGCUAGUAAAUUUCACAAAAAAUAAAUAUGCAAGUAACUUUGAUUAAACUGAAUUAAACGUCAAAUUAAACAUGUAUUAAAAUGCAGUUAAGCGUGAAAUAUUAUAAGUAGGAACAGUAUUUUCUUGCAAAACCUAAUUUUCAAAAAAAAAAUUUUUUCAAUAGUGUGGUUAGUUUUCAUGGGUAGUUUUUUUUUUUUUUUUUUUUUUUUUUUUUAAUAGUUACAUUGUUAAAAUGUUGCUAAAACGUAAUAAAGCGACAAAUCAACUAACCAAAAAAAAAAAAAAAACAGAAAAGAAAGAAAAUUUAAUUUCCGUACAUGCUUACAUUUUUGUUUUAUCACCGAAAUGUUGUCACUUCCUGCAUGAUGAUGUCAACCAUAGCUUUAAUUUAAAGGGACUUUACAAAAAAGAAGAGUAGAUUAAUGAGGCCACAUCAAAAACUAGAACUGAUUAUAAACUAAAGCAACAUUCCCAAUGAAAAUGUUUACUAGAAAAAAAAUUGUUUACAUUUUGAAAUCAGCGAUCAUCAGUUUCUUUUAACCUGUGCGUACCGCAUGAUAGGAACGAUCCAGCUCGGAAAGAAAAAAAACGAAAUCACCUCCAACUACCAGUUACACGUUCUUUUAUUAAAACCUCUUCCGUGUGUUGUAGCAUAAUGUUAGCCUUUACUGACAAACUUCACGUUUCACUUAUAAUUAGAAGGGCUUAGAAACACAGCUUAGUUCAGGGCAAACCUCGACUAACGAAAAAAUAAACCAUAACAAUAAAAAUGUAACCACUACUCACAUAUAGUACAUGUAAUACAUGAAUUCCACCAUUGUUGUGCUAGAAGUUACAUAUGUACUGUAGUGGAUUGUAACUUUAUUUACACAUCAAAGAUUGUCAUAGUUGUGAAAGCUAAAACGAUUUCCUCAGCUGUGUCCUAUAAUGAAUAAUUAAUGUAUGUAAAUGUUUCAUGGUAGGAUUUUACAGGUAAAGAAUGUACUGCGGCUUUAAAGACGGGUGAAGGGUUUUGCGUAACGCAAAAAAAAACAGGGUCGGUGCCGAUGUAACGCAAACGUAACCGGACGAACAAUGUAACUGCCUAGCGAUAAAGGAGGAACGUUCAUACUUGAAGAAAAAUAAUAGUGUUUAGUCAUUAUAGUGUAGAUUAUCUUUAGUUUACCAAAGCAAUAUAUAGAUGAUCACAUGCAUAAGAUACCAUGAUUGUUCUUUUUCGGUGGUAUUGGCGAAAUCGUUGUUAACUAUUGUUAGCUGCUGAAAACCAAAUGGCUGGUUCAUUUGGUUCUUGCUGUCUAAAUGCCUUUGAUCUUGCUGGUCAUUAUCUUUAAUGUUGGUUGUUUGUUUAUUUAUGUAUUUCAUUAAUUUAUUUUUUAAAAAAUGGAAAACUGUUGAAUAAAUUAUUGAUUUUACUUGG